AGAAUCUGUGCAUCUGCAGGUCAGAUGUUGGUUAUCGUGACUGCUCUUUAAAAAAGCACUUCCAGUUAUUUUUUACAGCUUUUCCUGGAAUACGUUUGAUCUGUUUCAUCCCAGUCAGUGUUUUGUUGUUUACUGGAGAAAUGAGGGCUGAAGUCCUUGUCGUCUGGGUGGGUUUGACCCUGCUCUGCGCCCUCUUCUGCGCCAGUGAAGAUGUAAAAGAGAACAAACUCUCCAGAGGACAAGUUCGGGUCAGAGAAAUCAGAGGAUUGGUGAAACAACGGAGACAAGAGGAGGGAGGUGAAACUGAAAUGUCAGAUGAUCCUGCUGUGGUGGCUGAAGAGGAGACGACUAAACCAAAGAAGAAGAAAACACCUGAGGAAAUUGAGGCAGCCAGGGCAAAGAAAGCAGCAGAGAAGGAGGCCAAAGCAAAGAAGCAGAAAGCUCCUAAGCCCACCAAAAAGGCCAAAGUGCCAAAACCCACCAAGAAACCCAAACCACCAAAGCCCACAAAGAAGCCAAAGGCGCCAAAAUCCACCAAGAAACCAAAAGCAACGACUACAGCGCAGCCGAUCACCAGGCGUCCUACUCUGGACGAGGAAGAGGAGAAACUGCUGAUUGAACUUGGCUGGGACUUGUUUCGACCUGUGACCCCGGGGCCUAGAUACGAAGAGCCUAUUGAGCCAGGACGGGAGGAUGUACCUGGUGGUGGAUACCCUGAUAAAAAAGAGGAGACAACUACCGAGGCCAUCAUGUACAUACCAGAGGAAGCCACCACUGUCCCAUUCAUGGGUCCCUGGUAUGAAGAAUACGAUUACGCUGACUUGGCAGCUAAGAAACAAGAAGAAGAAGAGGAGAGAGCUCGAAAGGAAAAGGCAGAAAAAGCCGAGCGGCUGAGGAAGCAGUGGGAGGAGGAGGAAGAGGAGAGACUGAAGCAGAUCUCGGUGCCCGCUGCACCCAAAAAGUGUCCUCCUUUGGGUUUGGAGUCUCAUCGGGUGGAAGACGACCAGCUGCUGGCUUCCUCUCAGUCUCACCAUGGCUUCGCGGCUCAGAGGGGACGCCUCAACAUGCAGGGCUCUGAUAACGAGGACGAUCUGUAUGGCGGCGCCUGGUGUCCAGAGUCCGAGGAGCUCAACCACUGGUUUGAGGUCGAUGCCCGCAGAGAGGUGGAGUUCUCUGGGGUCAUCACUCAGGGAAGAAACUCAGAGCAACUUGAGGAUUUCGUGUCAUCCUUCUUCGUGGCCUUCAGUAAUGACAGUCGUGAUUGGACUGUACUUCAUGACGGCUACGCUGAGUGGCUGUUCUAUGGUAACGUGGACAAAGACACGCCGGUCAUGAAUCAGUUUUCGACACCCGUGGUGGCGCGUUAUAUCCGCAUCCUGCCUCAGAGCUGGAAUGGCAGCUUGUGUCUCAGAGCUGAGAUCUUAGCCUGUCAACUACCCAGCAGCUACCGCAGCGAGAAUGAAGUGACCCCGUCAGAUGAUCUGGACUACAGACACCACAACUACAAGGAGAUGAGACAGAUGAUGAAGUUGAUAAAUGAGGAGUGUCCCAACAUCACCAGGAUCUACAACAUCGGUAAAAGCUCUCAGGGCCUGAAGAUGUACGCCAUGGAGAUCUCUGACAACCCGGGAGAGCAUGAGACAGGUGAACCGGAGUUUCGUUACACGGCUGGUCUCCAUGGUAAUGAGGCGCUGGGCAGAGAGCUCCUCCUCCUGCUAAUGCAGUUCCUGUGCAAGGAGUACAACGACGACAACCCCAGAGUGCGCCGCCUGGUGGACGGAGUGAGAAUACACCUGGUGCCCUCGCUGAACCCCGACGCUUACGAGCUGGCCUACGAGAUGGGCUCGGAGAUGGGGAACUGGGCGCUGGGCCACUGGACUGAAGAGGGUUACGACAUCUUUCAGAAUUUCCCAGAUCUCAACAGUAUCUUGUGGGGAGCCGAGGACAGAGGCUGGGUCCCUCGCAUCGUACCCAACCAUCACAUCCCCCUCCCAGAAAACUUCCUCAAUGGAUCUCUUGGUUCUGAGACCAAAGCCAUCAUCUCCUGGAUGGAGCGCAACCCGUUUGUACUGGGAGCCAAUUUACAAGGAGGAGAAAAACUGGUAGCGUACCCUUUUGACAUGCAGCGUCCACCAGCGUCUUUAACCGACAGCCGACGCUGGAGAAUGAAUUCGGAGAUGAACGAGGAAACGUGGGCACGCAUCCAGCGACAGAAUGAGGGAGCUCUGAGGGAGACGCCUGAUGACGCCAUGUUUCGGUGGUUGGCGAUGUCGUACGCCCACAGUCACCUGACCAUGACAGAGACCUACCGGGGCUCCUGUCACGGGGAUGAUGUCACCGCGGGGCAGGGCAUCACCAACAGAGCCACCUGGAAGCCAGUGGUGGGCAGUAUGAACGACUUCAGCUACCUGCACACCAACUGCUUCGAGCUCUCCAUCUUCUUGGGCUGUGACAAGUUUCCUCAUGAGAGUGAACUUCCUCUCGAGUGGGAGAACAACCGCGAGGCUCUGCUGUCCUUCAUUGAACAAGUACAUCGAGGAAUAAAGGGUAUCGUGAGGGACAUGCAGGGUAAUCCGCUGCCUAAUGCCACCAUAUCUGUGGAAGGGAUACGGCAUGACGUCAAAACUGCUGCAGCUGGUGAUUACUGGCGGCUCCUGAACCCCGGAGAGUACCGGGUAUCGGCCAAAGCUGACGGCUACACCACUCAGACCCGCCUCUGCAUGGUGGGCUAUGACUCCGGGGCCACUUCCUGCAGCUUCACGUUGAUCAAAUCCAACUGGAACCGCAUCAAACAGAUCAUGGCGCUCAACGGGAACAGGCCCAUCCGCCUCGUCCCCAAAACCGUGGUGAAAGCGACCUCAGCCCCCGUGGAGGUGACCAGUGCUGACCCAGGGAUGGACGAGCACGCCAAAGCUCAGAACGCUGAGCGGCUCAGGCGGCUGCGGAUCAUGCGCCUACGCCGGCUCCGUAUGCAGAGGAUGCGAGCCGGUCUCAGUCCAACAGUUGAUAGGACAACAACCACAACCACAACCACAACAACAACCACAACAACAACAACAACCCCCACAACAAUACGUGAAACCGAGAGCACAACCUCCUGGUACGACUCCUGGUUUCCUGUGGACAGCUGGUCAACGGAGAAUCCCUUCGACAGCGUCAUGUUUGACUCUUUGCCCACACAGGACUAUCCUUUUGAAUUCACCAUUGAUUGAUUGAGUGAGUAAUUGAUUGAUUGAUUGAUUGAUUACCACACUCAGUGAGCCAACAUCAUUGUUAUACAAAGAUAUUAUUAUUAACCACUUCAGAUUGCUGCAGCUAUACAAACACAAAGUACAUACUGUAGGUCUUUAAUGAGUUAGAUAAAUAUUUUUUGGAAAUUUCUCUACAUAGAAUUAAUCUAGAAAAUACAACCUCUGCUGAGCGGAAACUAUACAUGUAAUUGAUUUUAUAUUCAAUAAAACAAACAAAGUUCAGGUUAUGAUUAGGUACGUCUCCAUAAGAAGUCUGUGUAUCUCUCUCUGUUUCUUUAAUAGCUUUCCACUGUGAUUUUCUGGCCUCAGCUAAACUGAUAAUG